AAUCACUGACAGUUGAGCUUUUUCCCCCGAUGAAUACGACUAGGUAAACAAUUCUCCUAAAAUCCCAAAAAUUUGAAACUCGUCUCAGCCAUCUUGAAUCAUCCUCCCCAUUCUUCGGUAGCCCCUUAGCAUCUCAGUAAAAAAUCCGGGUCCCACAUACCACCGAAAAUUCUCAAUGGUUCGUCCACUGCCCUCCCCCCUUCACCCCGGAGCAUUCUUCAUGAAAUUCUGCCAAGUUUGCAAUCCUGAGUUUAUGUAAACUCGACGAGUCAGUUCUAAAGUGCUACGUUACGAGUGCAAGUGUACGUCGACGGAGAAAAUAAAAGUGAUAAAGACAGGGAAAAAAAUCGUUUUUUGCGAAAAUCCUUCUGAUGAACUGCUGGUGGAUUGAGGUACCCUACGUCGAGACGAGAGUGCAACCGACGAUGCGACUGACCUGACCUUUGUUUUCCUAGAAUCCAUAAACAAUCUCAGAGACUAGGUCAAGGUCAGGACAAUCCUGCAGUGAUUUUACUGUGAAUUAAGUAAAUAAAAUCUCCAAAAAUCACACGAACGUGAACGAAUCAUGAACAGAGAACGCAAUUUUUCGUACUUCACGAACGCACCCCCGGGCACCAUAAUGAGGUUGAAAAUAGCUGACCACAUCUACUCCACGGCAGAAAGCCUCAAGGACAUAUCCCACCGCGAGCCGAACAUCCUGAUCAAUUACGAGAAAUUCCCACUGCAUUCCAUCCCCCGUUUGCCCUCGGAUUUCACCCCCAAGAUGGGAUUGAAUCCCCAGCGGAAGAGUAACAGUUCCACGUCCCUAAUUCCGAACACAGCCCCGAGGUGCCAGGCGACUGGUAUGGGGUGUGAAAAAAAAACAAGAUACUCAAUCGGUGAUUACCUGAGGCAUCAAAUCCUGGAGGACCUGAGCUCACCGGAAAUUCUCGCCAAGAGUGACGAGGCUAUUGCUUUCGACAGGUAUCACCGGGUGCGCGCUUACCUGGAUGACAAUCCGAGAAGAUGGACCAGCUCUCAUCCCAGUGAUGACAAUGAUUCUGAUAUACCCAGGGAUAAGCCGAGGAGGAUCAGGAGACGGUAUUCGGAGAAUCGGAGGAAUGCGAGGGAGAGUUACAGACCGAGGAAGAGCCGGAGUGAUGCCAACGUUCGGUUAAACAGUCCGGCUUUGGUGGAGAAAGUGCCGAGGGAGAGGAGGUCCUACAGGAGGACGAGGAGUGACUUGUCUCAGGGGUCAAUAAAUUCUGAUGGCAGUGAUUGCUGGCGCGAUGAGAGACGAUCAUCGGUGGGGAGGAGCAUCUCCUGUGGUGCCAGGGAUUGGAUCCCCAGGACAGCGAGGAUUGGCGAGUGUCUGGCUGAAAGGGAUGAUGAUGGUGAGGAUGCUGGAGCUGCUGGCAAGGGGGAACCACUGGGGGAUGGGGAGGAUCUGUCCACUGAGGCCGAGACUAUUCUUCAGGAGAAUUAUCUGAUUGUCGUACCCCAGCGAAAGGACAUCCAGGAUAACUCGGUGUCCAGGGGGGUGGGUGGGGUCGAGGAGAGGGGAGCGCUGGAGUUUCCGGUGAAUUUCAAUGUCAAGAAGAGGGAUAACUCGAGGAUUGUCAACGGUGGGGGCGGAAGGGAGGGUGAUGCUGGUGAUGAUGAUGAUGGCGAUGGCUGGGGAAUGGGAAAUGCCAACGGAUCUCAGGAGACCGAGAGGGACAUGGCUGGGGAUUACUUCAGACGUGUUUACGAUCUACUGAAGUGUCGUCAGGUGGGGAAACGGAGGGAGGAUAAAAGUUGUGAUCCCUGGAGAUCUGGCGAGUCCUCGUCGUCGGACAUCGCUGAGGUGACGGGGAGGAGACGGAGGAGACGCAGAAGACGAGAUUGGGGGAGAGGUGAGGGGGUGGUGAUUUCUCCUGGUGCACAGGAUACUUGGCACCACCAGAUAAACAACAGCCAAGUUGAUGAAAAUGAUGAUCCAAAUUAUCUGAGCUUUUGUCGUCCCCAAUUACGUGAUUUAUCUGACAAUAGACGUCGUCCACCACCACCACCGAUACCAGCAAAAUACAAGAUCAAUGCACGGGAUAUAAGCAAAUACUUCAAUUAUCCGAACAAGGAGAAUAGUCCUGGUUAUGUAGUAGUUGAUGGUAGGAUCGAUACUGAUGUGGAUAAAAUGGGCUCGAAUCUCAGUAGGCACAGUGAGAAAGGCCUCACUGGACGUAGGACACAGUCAUCUGGUAACCUAUGUGAUCCAAAGGGAAAGCUCAAUCACGUUGGGAAGAUACUCGUGCCAUGCUCCAGUGGUCCACAAGAGAGGUACAAAAUCUCAGGAUCGCUGCCGAACAAUCUGGAUGACCAAGAAUCCCUGGAGGACGAUCCGAUAGACAACAAUAACGUGAUAUCAGACACGAUGAGCGGUAAUUUGGGUGGAACAUUGCCACACAAGAAGAGAAUUCAUGGGGUGCAUUUCUCGGAUAGUCCGGUGCAGGCUCUCGAUCUUGUGAGAUAUCGUUCCCAGGAUUCGUUGGAUGGGAAUCCAUGGAGGUAUCAACAGGACAGCGACCUGGAUCUUGUUCGUUGCAAACACGGUAACUUCGACCUGGUGCGAAAAAAUCAGAGCGUAGACACCGUAGACUCGGGUGUUAGAUACUCACGUGUCUACGAUGACAGAUAUCACAACAAUCAUUUAGAUCUGGUUGGUACAUUGCCAAAAAGAAGAAUUGAUCCAAAGUGGUGUGAUCCGUCUAGAAUUCAAGCAUUUCAACAGCAGAGUAACAAUCCCGAUGGCGAGCUCUUGAUGAACGUUGUGCACAAACCAGAGUGCGAAUUAAUGAAGCAUCGUCAGUUUGAUCGUUUAACUGAUAUUAAAACGAGUAGACUUGGUGGGGAGCCACAGGAUCAGGGAUACGCCUCUGAGAGGUCGCCUGAGGAUGAGCAUCCACCCUCGUUACCAGGUCAACCGAUACUUCGUAUCGUUCCAGAGAGCACGUUUCGGGUGACCCUGCAGAAAAGUAGCUGUGGGCUCGGGUUAAGUGUAUCUGGUGGUGGUAGCGCUGGCCCAGUGAGAGUUAAAAGGCUCUUUCCUCAACAGCCAGCGGCACUAUCCAACAAACUUCAACCCGGUGACAUUCUUCUUUCGGCGAAUGGUGUACCCCUCACUGAUCUCACCAAUUACGAGGCUCUGGAGGUACUACGAACGACAUCGAGCACCGUCGAGCUUUUAGUGUGUCGACUCCCAGGGGAUGAACAAAAUAUUUCACCCCCCGGUGCACCACCGCCCCCACCAGCACGUCGUGAGCCACCUCCACCCCUGAGAUUACUCAAUCCACUUCCACCACUUCAGAUCGAACCCUGCGGGGAAUUUGACAUUGAAAUGACUAAAGUGGGCGGAAGUUUGGGUUUCACUCUUCGUAAGGUGGAUAGCAGUGCUUUGGGCCAUUAUGUGAGGGCAUUGGUGCGCGAACCAGCAUUGAGCGACGGUCGUAUUCAGCCAGGCGACAAGAUUGUUGCGGUAGAUGGUGCACCCCUGUCACCAAUGAGCCACGAGGAGGCAGUUGCAUUGGUGAGACAGUGUGGACCAAGAGUUAAACUUCGUCUCUAUCGAGACUUGGCACAGACUCCGGUAUCAGCAUUGUCACCGACUGAGCCCGAUCAUCCACUUCGUCCACCUCGCACGAGUCUCCGACAAGAGGCUAUGGAUAUGCUCUGUGAUCUGGCUGUUCGUAAGCUGUCACCUGGUACAUCAAACGGCUCGAGGUCUCAGCAGCCAUCGGGUGCAUCCACAAACUCACCGAGAAAAUUACGACGACCGGCCUCGAGAACACCCACUGGUGAACGAGACAACGAACCGAUAUACUCAUCGAAUCAAGUGUCAACGGGGAGUCAGAUUGACACAUCAGACAGCGAUCAGUGCUCGAUAAAAACUCAAAUAGCCAAAGGCUCAAUACCAGACGAUAUAAUCGAUCCACCAGCCCUGUACGACGCAACUGACUCAUUCGAUUCGGGUAAACCAUUGAGGCCAAGUUUUCUCAAUCUCGGUGCACCUCUGGAGAAGCCAAAUUAUCAAUUUAGUCUGGAGUCAGAGCAUGAGGAGACCAUUAUCAUACCCGAGGGUAGUAAAAAUCCAAUCGAUUACAUCGAAGAACUUCAUCGUGAUAUUACGCAGGACAAUACAUUGCCGUCCGAGCCAGUAUCAAUGCCACCGAUUAUGUCCUCGGUCAAGACAGAUAGUGAAGCCUUUAGCUACAAAAAUCCUGCUUAUCAAAGUGCUAAUCCUACUUGUGGAGGUGGUGAUAAUGGAAGUGCCAAAUGUAAAAUUGCUCAUUCGAGUGAUCAAGACAUUCCAGGAAAAGUGUUGAGCGGUGAGGAUCCAGGUGGUAGUAAGGGCCUGUUGAAGUGGAAGGGAGUGAUGUUUGCACCGCACGACGAGGACGAGGGAGAUAUGGCUGAGUCCACUGAGAGGGAGAAAAUGAGGGAGGAGAGCCUACAGAGGGAGGGAUAUGAUGUAUUCAUGGUGGAAUUGACAAGGGGAUGGAACAGCCGACUGGGCUUCAGUUUACAGGCGGAUGUUAAUGGUACAGCCAUAUCGAUGGUACAUCCAGACAGUGUAGCCGCUAAGGAUGGUAGACUGAAGCAGGGAGAUGUAUUAAUUAUGGUGAAUGACGAGAGCGUCGAGGAAAUGCCAACGGCUGAGAUAAUUGAUCUCCUGAGGAAGAUACGUGGCUCCAUCGGCAUCACUGUUGCUAGAAAAAAACGCGAUGGUACGUGAUAAUGAGGGUGACUAUAAACAAGCUUAAAUAGCUGCACCGAUUGAUAGAAUUUUAAAUUUACUGAGGAUUUUGUCGAGGACUGGACAUUGUAGAUUUAAAUUUACAAUGGUGUGCCUGACUGUAGUGAGAUGAUAACGAAGUACUUGCUACAGCAAAUUAUCGUGAAUAUACUGUUUAAUGAAUAAUACCGAUGAAAUAUUAAUUCCGUUGAAUCAACGGUGUAAAUUUUAAUUCAAUCCGAGGAAGUCAUUAUUAUGUAGUCCCUUGUCGUGAAUAUCAUGUUGAAUCAAAAAAAUAUGUAUUUAUUUGGUGAGUAAUUGAGGAUAAGUUAGAUUGUUUAAGAGGAUCUAUCAAUGUAAUGCUGUCAGGUUUAUUCCAAUGUUAUUUUAAGUGACGAGGAAAGACCUUAUGUAAAUUGAUACUGGAGAGAUUAUUUAUGCCACCGUUGAAUUGUAUAGAGAAUCCAAUAUUUUUUAAUUGGUGAGGGAUUUUUAAAUGUCGUGCAAUAAUGCCAGGGAUUUUAUGAGGAAGUGCUAAUCAAAGAGUCAAUCAAACUAGAUUACUGAGAAUAUCACCGUAGAGUAUUACAGUCAACUUUUUUGUUAAUUUUUUUCUAAAGAGGGAUUUUGAGAAUGUCAAUCGGUAAAUGGAUUGAUGGGAUCAAUGGAGCUUGAGAGAAUGAUUUAAAUGAGCAUACAGUAUCAAAAGAUUUUAAAGUUCGAUGUACGUUUUGUCUAUUAGAAGUUGUAUUCCACUGAAGUGAACAAAAUUCUACCGAAGGAUAAAUGCAAAGCUGUCAAUAGAUAUCGAUUCAAUUUUUGUAAUGAGUUUGUGCCGAUAAAAAGGCGAUGUUUACGAAAUUUGUAGAGAAAAAUUUCCAAAUAAUUGAAUUUAAUAAUAAGAAUCUGUUGAAUUUAUUGUAACAAUUGAAUAGUCUUGGGAAAUUUUUAUAAAGUUCCAGUAGAAAUUUAAUGUCAAUUUUCGAUCAAAAGUAUUGGGUUCUUUUAUUGAUACUUUUAUUAUAACAUAUGGAAACUUACUUUGGUUCCUUCGUAAUCUGUCGAAAUAAAUCAAUGGCAUAUGUGCUUUUAAAUUUAAAAAAUAAUAGCUGUGAGAAUAAUCACAAGUCAUUACGAUAUUCUAACGAGUUUCAAUCAACAAGUUCAACGUUGAAGGUGAAAAUAAAAAUAAACAUUGUGAGAGAUAUUCUGAGCUCGUGUUUAUUCAGAUUCUAUUCAAUUGAAGAUAUGUAAAUAGAAGAAGUGUUCAGAUAAUUGACUGUUAGAGGCUCUGUAUUUUUAUUUCAAAGAUGCCUGUAAAAAAUUUAAUCGAUAGGUGUAAUAGCGAGGGGGAAUUCAUUGCGUGGAUCGUAAAUAAUAAAUAUUCUGCCUCAAAGCGAUUCCAUGUACUUAUUAACGAUAAAUAAUGUUCAUCGACGAAGACAGAUGAUUUUUCGAGUGUUAUUAGGAUUCAAAUUAGACUAUUGAUGGAGAGGAAUUAAUAAUUGGCGAUGAAUUGAGUUUAAUAAAUGUGAUAGGUAGUUUUUAGUUGACUGAUAGAGCUGUCGAGUGAGGAAUAUCAAAAAAUAAAUGAUGUUGAAUUCACAA